GCUCUCAUGCCGUCAUGCAGCGGGCUCGGGAAGUUGUCCUUGAGGAAUGUCUGACAGGAAUGGAAAAUACUGAGGUUCAGGACAGCAAAGUAAAAUAACCAAAACUUAUCCGACGCUUCAUUUAAGUUAGUUUUUUGAACGGGUUUCCCUCAGUUGACUCGGUUAAACGGUUAAAUCAAUGACUUCUGCGGACAACCGACGAACCGGGGGAGCAGGACACAGACAUGGAGCGGUGAAAGGAUUGGUCCAUUCUCAUCAACCGUCCCUAAAUGAAUCACUGAAUGGGGAAGUUCAGGCCUUCCUCACUGAUGAAGACCAACUCCACACGUACGAUGACCUCACCAAAGUCAACCCAGUGACUCCAACAACAGUGCUGCAAUGUCUGCAGGCUCGGUACAGUGUGAAGGUGUUUUACACCCAUGCUGGCUGCACCUUGGUGGCUCUUAACCCCUUCCAGCCGAUCCCAGAUCUGUACACUCUGGAUGUGAUGAAGGAGUAUCACUGUGCUCCUCAGCCUCAGGAGUUCAAACCACAUAUCUUUAUUGUGGCCGAGGAAGCCUACAGGAACGUCAAGGGCCAACUGGAGCCAGUGAAUCAGUCCCUGGUGGUCAGCGGUGAGAGCGGUGCAGGAAAGACAUGGACGUCUCGUUGCCUGAUGAAAUACUACGCCACAGUGGCGGCCUCCUCGGUGACGAAGAGUCAGGACACAGUGGAGAGGAUAGAGAGGAGAGUGCUGGACUCCAACCCCAUCAUGGAGGCUUUUGGCAACGCGUGUACGCUACGCAACAGCAACAGCAGCCGCUUUGGAAAGUACAUCCAGCUGCAGCUAGACCGAGGUCAGCUGUUGGUGGGGGCGUCCGUGCAGACAUAUUUACUAGAGAAAACCAGAGUGUCCUGCCAACCAGCUAAUGAGAGGAACUUCCACAUCUUCUACCAGAUGAUGAAAGGGGCCACAGCAGAGCAGAGAAGGGAGUGGAAGAUGUCUCAUGGACAACGUUUUGUCUGGUUGCCAAAUUCAGAAAGAACACGUGAAGAGGAUUGUUUUCAUGAGACCGUGAAGGCGAUGGUUCAUCUGGGCAUUAACGCAGAGCGUCAGAGACAAAUAUUUAGGAUCUUAGCUGGGAUUCUGCAGCUGGGGAAUCUAAAUUUCUCCUCUUCAAUGGAUGAAUCACAACCAUGUGACCUGGAAGAACAGACCAAAGACUUCCUGCAGAGGGCUGCUGAGCUGCUGCGCGUCCCCGCAGAGGAGCUUCAGACGUGUUUGAUAGUGAGGAUGUUAAAGGCCGGGAAACAGAGCGUGCUCAAGCCGUGUUCUCAGGCGGAGUGCAGCAUGAGGAGAGACUGUCUGGCCAAGGUCAUCUACGCACAUUUAUUCGAAUGGCUGGUGACAUUAAUAAACAACAGCAUAUGUGCAGAUGAGUCCACAUGGUGCAACUUCAUAGGAGUUCUAGAUGUGUACGGCUUUGAGUGUUUCUCCAUCAACAACCUGGAGCAGCUGUGCAUCAACUAUGCAAAUGAGAAGCUGCAGCAGCACUUUGUGGCCCAUUAUCUCCGAGCUCAGCAGGAGGAAUAUGUGACGGAGGGGUUGCAGUGGUCUUUCGUCAAAUACCAAGACAACCAGAGCUGUUUGGAUCUUAUCGAGGGAAGCCCCAUCAGUGUGUUUUCUCUUCUUAACGAGGAGAGUCGUCUAAACCGAACCUCAGACGCUAAGACCUUGAGGUUUCGUCUGGAGAAGGAGCUUCACGUUAACUCCAACAUCAGUUGGGACAAGUUCAGCAAGGACCCGCACUUUACUGUGGCUCAUUACGCUGGAAAGGUCAACUACCAGAUACAGGGCAUGGUGGAGAAAAACAAGGACCCGGUGCCAGCAGAGCUCAUCGAACUGCUGCAGAAGUCUGAGGACCCGCUGCUUCACCAGAUCUUCUCUGACAAGGAAACUGAGAGUCCAAAUUCUAAGGGACUCAGUAAAGUCACGGUGGUCUCCAAGUUCAAGAACUCUCUGGAGAGCCUGAUGAAGAUCCUCCACACCACAACGCCUCACUACACCCGCUGCAUCAAACCCAACCCAGACUGCAAGCCGCUCACCUUCAAAAAGGAGGAGGUUAUCAUGCAGUUGGAGGCCUGCGGGAUUGUGGAGACCAUUACCAUAAGUGCUGCUGGCUUUCCUAUAAGAAUUCUUUACAAAAACUUCCUGCAACGUUACGGACUGAUUGAAAAACGUUCAGAUUUCAAGCUAUGGAGCCGUCGUGUGGACAUGGAGGCCGACGGCAGCGUCUUUAUUCGCCAGGAAGUGGAGAAGCUCCUUCACAGCGUGUUGCAACACGACGAUGUCGACCCCCUCCACAAGCGUGAAAAUGAAAAACACAACUCAUGGGUGCACUGCGGGAGGACUAAAGUCUUUCUCACCCAGCUGAUGCUUGAUUUGUUGGAGGAUCAGAGGAAGAAGAUCCUGUCCCGUUGUGCCUUCUCCAUUCAGUGCUGCUGGCUGCGGUACCUGCGUCGCAAAAGGCGUGCACGUCAACAGUCUGCUAUUCUCAUCCAAGCAGUGGUGCGGUCCUGGCUGGUCAGGGAGCAGGUCAAGAGGUGGAGCAGAGCAGCAGCGGUCAUCCAGAGGGCCUGGAAGAAGAGGAGGGCACAGUUGAAGUCCUUGGCUGACGCAGAGCUGGAUAAUGCAGAGGACCUUGUGGAGGAGGAGCAAGUUUUGAACCCUGUUGUCACGGAACCAGGUUCUGUGCAGCUCUCCAAAAGCACCAAGCCUGUCACAGUGCGAGGGUGGCCCCUGGGUCUGGCUCUGGCCUCGGCACCGUCCGUCACCGUGUCCCUGACAGCCAGAGGCUUCCAGAAGAUCAUGUAUGUGAUGGCCUGCCUCAACCUGAACUCCAGGCGAGGGGAGUACAAGGUGGAGACCAACCAGUACACACAGGAGCUGGCCUCCAUACGGGCCCAGCCGAGGGGAUCUAUAAAGCUGCACUGUAAGAGAUCUCCACUCCUCUAUGCUGACAGGCAGCCAGACACCAAGAGUUUUGUGACGGGGUUUAACGAGAUCCUACUAGACAAAACCCUGUGAGCGGGUCUUCUCUGAACACUAAAGGCUGAUUUCAUGGACACCCUGAGGGACACAAUUCACACAUACUCCGUCAGCGCCGCGCACUACGUUGUACUUAGCUGCUACUCUAGUCUAUCAUUGUGUUCACACAGGGCGCACUGCGGUCCGUCUCCGGCGCGUGUCACCAACGGCACUCCGCUCUGCUCCGUUUCAAAUACGCAGCGAGUCUAUUUUCGCCGGAGUACGCUGCAGCCACGCGUCAAGCUGGACAGAAUAUGACAGCCUGGACAGGAUGUCAGACAAGCAAACGCACAGAGGAUCCGGUCAAUUUUAAAAUAAAACACAAUAUACGGACUCGCGAUCGUAUUUUUCAUCACUUUAUCAACAUUACGUCAAAACAGGCUCCGAAUGAACAACAAUGCAUCCUCAGAAAGACAAAGCAACAUGUUGUUUGCAUGUUUUUCUCUUUAUUCCCGCGGGAUCUUGUAGUUCUCCUGUGAUGUGUCAUAGGUGCGCUCCACUGCGCUGACGUCGCAGAAACGGAUCCAGUGUGAAUGGGCGCGAGCCGUCCGACGGAGCAAAACCGUGGCGCUGACGGACUGCGGCGCACACGGAGUAUGUGUGAAUUGGGGGUCUGGCUCUGACGUGCUUUUACACUCGAGCAGCUACUGUCGUCUUUUACCCAACAGAGGGAACAAACCUAGAGUUUUAGCGAGGUCUAUUUUUUGUUAAAAGUGAUCAUUUACAACUCUAACUUUUUUUAUCAAACCAGAAAUGUUUUUGACUUUUGAUAUGCAAUGGUGCAAAGCGUUGUACCUGUGUCUAAUAAUGCUUUAACCUAACAGAUGGUCAGGUGGGAUAAUGCAGUUUUCUUCUACCAAAAACAACAACAUGGCCUACAUGCCAAAGAUACUCAGGAAAAUCCUCUCUAAUUAAAAAUCAGUCUGUAGCCCGUCCAGAAACGCUGACCGGCUUCUUCUGAGAUUAGGCAGAUUAGAAUUUGUCGAUGGCUUGUCGGAUAUGUGCCAUGUCAACCACUUCUAGACAACGAUGAACCCGAUAGAAGUUGUAUUAAUAAUGGUGGUGCUGCAGGACAAGGAAAACAGAAUAAUUAUUUAAAAUACAUCAGUCUGUGUCGGUGGAACUUCAAGGUGGAGUCAGUAGAAAUGUUUGUAAACACAACAUUCAGACUGUCCUCUCCUCCUGGGCUCAUCGCCCCCCAGAAGCUCACCCUCACUGCACGACAUAGUGUGUACGUUUACUGCUUGUACCUAUACUGCAAGCUAACGCACGCACAAGCUCACCUGCUGCGCUGUCAUUGGCUGGAGGAAACACACCAGCUCUGCCCAGAAACAUCCUGAGUCAACCAGAACAAAGCAGAACAGUAAAAUCCAGUCAGAGGACAGAGUCUCUGCAGACAGUCACUACCACACAUGAUUGGCACAAUCUUUGCUUUUGAGGUUUUCUCGUAUCGAUAUUUGAAAGUUCUGAUUAUUGAUCCAAGCCUUUAACGCCGUGCCUUAAAAUCUACCCUGGAUCACUAAUAGACUGAUAGAAACAUGUAUUUAUUUCACAGUGAAUUUUAUAUACUGGUUAUUUUCUGUGUAAAACAUGUUGAUGAUUCAGACGCACAUUAUAAGGUCACACCAGCAUUUUUCUUUCUUUUUUUAGAGUGUGUGUUUUGUUCUGUGGAAAAAAAAGUAAUUAAGCAAGUAUUGCACAUGUAAUGCACAAAUUGCACAUUAACUCCUCACAAGGAGACAGACGACGAGCCUUUCUCAAACCGGACCCUCGGCACUCAUCAGUCAGUCACGGCGUGGACUCUGUUUGAAGUCACACUCAGCUGAGCGAGGAAACCUUCAAUAAUGUGUAUAAAUUAAAUAAUCGUCUGCAGGAAAAGGAACUUUAUGUAGCCUUAGAUUCAUGUGUGACGCAUCACCGUGGUAACAAGACUUCCCUUCUCAAUCCAUACAAGGUGACAUUGGUGAGGCAGACAAUAUUUGUGAGAAGAAAUUAAGGUGAUGCUGAAGUGCAAAAUCCUGCAGUUCCUUGAGUGUCCACUAGAGGCUGACUGCAGCAGCACAGGAAGCCACAAUAAGACGUGUAGCUGACCUGAUUGACAGGUGGGCGUGGUGUAACGGUUUGUCAGGAGGUUUAAAACCCGCCUCAGCUCCAGCUCUCAGCCUGUCGUUAGGUUGACUGAAAGUUAUUCUGAGACAGCAUUUCCAGCAUGGAGACCACCAUCCAUGGGACUCCAGCGCCCCCUGCAGGAACAGACGGGUGACCUCACUCAGGCUUCAUAAAUAUUUACAAUCUAUGCGACACACCAGCUAAAACACCACUGAGGAAGUCCUGGAAAAUGAGCGGUAGAAAGGAGUGGGAACCUUGAGUGUAAGGAGCUGGUUUGAGAAAGGCCUGAAAACAAGCAGACACAUCAGAGGCGUGAAAGUUUAAACUGCUGCUCAUUGUUUCUUUGUAAAGUGUUUGACUAAACCACUGUGUGGUUGCCAAAGCAUCAAUGCAAGUACAAACCAAAGUCUGAGAGUGUCAUAUGUGUGAGAACGAGCUCAUCUUUAUAUAAAAAAAAAAUCAUAGUGUCCGAGACUGAAUCACUUUAACCUUCACAGGGACCGCUCUGAUGAUUCAUUAUGUGCAUCACGUGUCACCAUGAUGAGUUCAGAGUCUUGAAUAUCUACGUGUUUGUUUUUGUCUGAGGUACCGAGGGAUCAAAGUCAAUUAUGUUGAUAUUUAAAAGUGACUGUUUUAUUCAAAUAAAUGUCUUUCUACUUCA